AUGGGUAGACGACGAGUGUGGACCAUCGUCGUGACGCUGGCGCUCCUACUGGCACUAAGAAGGCGCGAUGCGUCUACUUCGGCUUUCCAGAUGCUCCGUCUCAAGAAGCUCGCCAAGCUCGCCAUCAUCAGCAGGGCUCUAGCGCCUCAGAUUGUUCCAAUCCCCGUGCCUUAUGGAGGACACGCUCCUGUCUACUAUCCUCCACCACCACCGCCGCCGCCGCCACCCCCACAACAGCACUACCAGCAGCACUACGCACCACCACAAGUGCAUCCACAUCCAGUGCCCAUUCCUGUUCCCGUGCCUGUGCCCGUGCACCACCACCAUCACAUUGUGACUCACUCGACCGGACACGCGACUCACUUGACCCAAGAUGGAAGCUGGUGA